AUGGCGGGUCCACAGGGCCCAAAGGCAGCCCAGAACUUGAAAGGACAAGGGCCCAGCUCAAAAUCGGGAGCGGAUACCGGGGCUACGGGGCAGAUUAGGGAGGGGCUGGUCACUUUGGAGGCUACCCCCGGCGAGUCUGUCUUCUUUAACCCUGCUCAGGUCUUCAACAGGGACCUGUCGCUGCUUGUCCUGAAGGCAUUUGCAUGCAAGCAGCAGCAAGUGCUCAACCAGCGUUCUGCUGCAACUUUGGCUCGCUGCAAGGCGGAAGGCCGGCCCGAGCCCCAGCCAUUGGAGUUCGUGGGAUUUAAUGUGCUGGAGCCCCUGGCAGCAACAGGCCUCCGCAGCCUGCGAUACCUCAAGGAGCUGGGGCCCCUUGUGGCCUGCGCCGUGGCCAACGACUUGGACCCAAAAGCAGCUGCAGCAGCAAAGGCCAAUGCGAAGUUGAAUGAAGUUCCUCAGCACCGUUUCUUGGCAACUUGCAGCGAGGCGACGCGCCUGAUGCACCUGCUGAGCCAUCCCCCGCUGAGCGCUGGGACUCUAAAGAAGAUUAACAGUUUGCCAGCAGGGGCUUCAGUGCCUUCUUCGUUUGACCUCAGCUGCCCCCCGGAGGAGCUGCUGUUGGUGCCACCACUGUUCAAGCCUGCCGCAGCUGCGGCAGAGGCAGCAGCAGCAGGUGCACCAGCAGCACCUGUUGCUGCUGCUGCUGCUGUGGAGGAAGGCGGAGCUCCAUUUUGGUUCGACAUAGUGGACAUUGACCCUUACGGGAGCUGCUCCCCCUUCUUAGACUCAGCAGUGGGGGCUGUGCGCAGCGGGGGGCUCUUGUGCGUCACCAGCACUGACACCAGCACUCUUGUGGGCAACGCCUUAGAAACCGCAUACUACAAGUACGGGGGAGCAACGGCCAAGAUGAGUGCUCACCACGAAGUGGCAGUGCGCGUCGUCCUCCAUGCCGUGGCUCAGGCUGCAGCAAAGCAGCGCAAGGCAGUGCAGCCGCUGCUCUGCUUGAGCGUGGACUUCUACGUGCGCCUUUUUGUGCGCGUCGUCUUUCACUGCCCUUCCUGUGAGGCCUUCACAGUUGCCCCCUUAGGCAGCCAAGCCCCCAAGCCGCGAAAAGCUAAGGGUUCGGGGUCGUCUCUCCACGCUGAAGAUGCACAAGAGCAGAAGCAGGUCCCUCCGUCUCAGGGAGAAAGUGCAGAAGCCGUUGCUGUGGGGGAGAACGCUAGCAACAGUAACAGCAACAGCAGCAGCAAGAGCAGCAACAGCUCUGGCAAAGAGGAACAAGUUGCUGCAGCAGAUGGCAUUAGACUGAAGUACAAGGCAGCGAGCUUGCCUGAGGGCGUGGCAACCCAGUGCAGUGAAUGCGGAGGCCGCGUUCUAUUAGGGGGCCCCAUAUACUCCGGACCGUACUACGACCCGGAGUUUGUGGGCCUCUGUCUGGAGGAACUAGACAAGUCAAAGGAUACUCUUCCUGGGCUCACAAUGCAGACGCGUAUAAGGGGAAUGCUAACUGCUCUACAAGAGGAGCUGCCAGACGUGCCGCUGCACUAUCAGCUGCCUUCGCUGUGCACACGCAACAAGCUCACGAUGAUAAAGCCUGCAUCAUUCAUGGCUGCACUCAGGCGGCUGGGCUACAGGGCGUCUCAUUUCCACCGCGAUCCCCAGGCAGUGAAGACCGACGCGCAGUGUGUCGUCGUCUUCGACAUAUUGCGCACUCACGCUGCCAAGAGCACGUCGGCAAACCACGAGCGUUUCCCCGUGCUGCGGAAGCCCAUUCAGACAAAAGGCAUAGACUUGUCCCCUCCAACCGCUGAAGAAAACAAAGCACAGCCUAAGAAGCAUGUAGCCCGCUGGCUACCUAACCCGGCUCCAUAUUGGGGGCCUAAAGGCCGAGCGGGAAAGAGACGGGCGGAGACUGAAGAGAAGGACACCACUGUAAAGAAAAAUUGUCAGAAGGUCACCGUCCAUGGCAGCCAGGAAGCCAAAUCCGCGUAUAGUGAAGGGGUGGAGACCGUCAAUACGUCAGAAGAUUUGAACCCCUUGCUGUAA